AUGUCUGACAUAUCCAAAAGGGCAUUUGCUGAGCUUGCCGUUGAUGGUAGCAACUACUUGACUUGGGCCUUGGAUGUUGAAAUCUACCUAGAUUCUUGUGAUUUAAGCAGCACUAUUGAUCCAGCUUCUAAGAGCACCUCUGUCCAGAAGGAUCGCUUUGACCAACAGACGGCUAUUAUGCUUCCGCAAGCACAGUAUGAUUGGUUGAACUUGCGAUUUCAGGAUUUUAAAUCCGUAACUGAAUACAAUUCAACUCUCCACCGCAUUGUCUCACAGCUGAAGCUCUGUAAGCAGAACAUUACAGAGGAUGAAUUGAUUAAAAAGACCCUCUCUACAUUCCAUGCAAGUAAUCUUGUACUCCAACAGCAGUACAGGACAAAAAACUAUUCAAAACACUCUGAAUUGAUCUCUGCGUUACUAGUUGCAGAGAAACACAACCAACUUCUGAUGCGCAACCAUAAUUCUAGACCGGUUAGUUCACAAGCUGUGCCUGAAGCACAUGCUACAAAUCAGAGUAAUACUCAUGGGCGUGGACAUGGUAGAGGUCGUGGACGUGGUCGAAGGUCUUAUCGUGGUGGUAGAGGUCGUGGUCGUCGUAAUGCUUAUGGUCUUCAGGACCGUGGCAAGGGUCAGAACAAGGAUAGAUCUCCUUCAAACAAACCUAACUCUCAUCAACAGAGAAUGAUGAAGGACUCAAAUGGGAAGUCAAAACAAGGUGAAAAACAUCAUGCCAGUUUGCCUGAAGCAAACAUGGCCCUAAAAGAUGACAAUUAUGAUGAUAACCUGAAUCUGGACGAUGAUGACUUAUUGAAGAUGGAGCUUGAAGAUUUUGGUGACCAGGAGUGA